CUAUGCCAUUUAGCCAGCCAAACAAGAUAUGAUGCCGUUUUUUUCAAACUACAGGGAAAUGUUUUUUAUAUACGAUGGUUCCAGUACCAGCAAACACAGUUACUUGGAUUUACUGUGUUUCGGACUGGCCUUUCUGGAGCCAAGGCUUCUGGAUUAAAAGGAACACAUAUGAAGAACAAGCGGUAGUUAGAUUCCAGUAUGAAACACUGCUGGUGGCUGCAACAGGUAUCAACGGGGAUUAUGUGGCGUGGAGCACCUUUCCCCAUCUGAAUAGCAUGCUUGGAAAGAGCCUGCGAAUCCCUGCUGUCUCUGUGCGGGAAGAGGACCAAAACAAGGAUGGAAAGUUGGACCGUCUUAUUUUUAAACUGCAGUUACCACUGAAAGAUGAGGAGAAUGUUUACAGUGUCCAACUACUACUGACCUUCAGCUACCAACUCUUUACAAAGUCAACAGUAGUGAUGCAGAGCCUGGCCUAUGUGCAACACUCCUCCUCUGUCCCUGGAGCUAAGGUGUUUAUCAGUGGAGACCUGAGGCUGCAACAGAGAGUUCCCCUGCCUCACCGUGGACUCUUCAACGUUUACAAUGUCUCUGUGAUUGACGGCUCCAGCCCUUUUGCAAGUGCCUAUGACCUAGACAACAUAGUGAGGCGCUACCGAGAACGAAACUUGACCACUAUACUUACCUGUCCCAUGCCAGUGUGGACUACUGGACGCGCCACUGGCUCUCCUUUUCAGCUUAUUGCAGAAAUUCAGUACCCUGUGGAGGUCAUUAGCUAUUGUCCCGGUUUCUGGGAAACUAUCAAGUUUGCUUGGAUCCAGUAUGUUAGUGUUCUCCUUAUCUUUCUCUGGAUCUUUGAUCGCAUCCAGACAUUUGUUUUUCAAAACCAAGUUUUAACCACUGUACCCAUAAACACUGGAAAACCUCACCAGAAUUGACAAUAUGUGGUUUAUAGGCUUUCUCUGUUACUUUAUUUUAAUAUAGUUCAUGUUUGUGGUAUUUCGACUCCUAAGUUUCUUUUUACGUUGUAUUUUCAUUUAAAUGUUUUUUGGGGAAAACUGGACAGAAUUUUUUUUUCAUAUUGUAUAUUUUACUUAUUGUCUUAUUACUUAUCAAUGCAAAAUAAAAUGACUU